CCCCAGAGACUGGAACCGCCGUUGCGGGGGUUUUGGGCGGCUGCGACGCCGACUGCCUGGCACCUCGGAGCGCAGCGGACAGCGGACGCCGCCGACAUGGAGCCGGAGCCCGAGCCGGUCACACUCCUGGUGAAGAGCCCCAACCAGCGCCACCGCGACCUGGAGCUGAGCGGCGACCGCAGCUGGAGCGUGAGCCACCUCAAGGCCCACCUGAGCCGCUGUCCAGAGGACCAGAGGUUAAUUUAUUCUGGGAAGCUGUUGUUGGAUCACCAGUAUCUCAGAGACUUGCUUCCAAAGCAGGAAAAGCGGCACGUUCUGCACUUGGUCUGCAACGUGAGGAGUCCUUCCAGGGUGCCGGAAGCAGGCUCGAAGGGUGCUGAGUCUACAGAGCAGCCCACCGGACUUAAUCAGGGGCAGUCUGCUGGGGACCUCUCAAGUGAUGGUGUGAGGCAAAGGGAGGUUUUUCGGAACCCUCCUCCCUCUGGAGGGGAGAACGUCUCCAGGCCUGAAGCUCCCCAGCUGGCGUUCCAAGGCCUGGGGCCUGGCUUCUCGGGGUACACACCCUACGGCUGGCUGCAGCUCUCCUGGUUCCAGCAGCUGUACGCACGGCAGUACUACAUGCAGUAUUUGGCCGCCACGGCUGCAUCCGGGGCUUUUGUGCCCCCACCAGGUGCCCAGGAGCUCCCUGUGGUCGCUGCACCCGCCCCGGCGCCCAUUCACAACCAGUUUCCCGCCGAAAACCAGCCAGCCAAUCAGAACGCGGCUCCUCAAGUGGUGGUCAACCCUGGGGCCAAUCAGAACUUGCGGAUGAAUGCCCAGGGCGGCCCCCUGGUGGAGGAAGAUGACGAGAUCAACCGGGACUGGCUGGAUUGGACCUACUCGGCAGCCACCUUCUCCGUGUUCCUCAGCAUCCUCUACUUCUACUCCUCCCUGAGCAGAUUCCUCAUGGUCAUGGGCGCCACCGUGGUCAUGUACCUGCACCAUGUCGGGUGGUUUCCCUUCAGACAGAGGCCGGCUCAGCACUUCCCGGAUGAUGGUCCUCUUCAUGAAGCUGUGAAUCAGGACCCCAACAAUAACCUCCAGGGAGGCCCCGGUCCUGAGGUCGAGGACCCCGACCAGCUCCCUGCGGACCGCGUGCUGGGGGAGGGGCAGAGCGGCCCCUCGUUCAUGAGCACGGCCUGGCUCGUCUUCAAGACUUUCUUUGCCUCUCUCCUUCCCGAAGGCCCCCCCGCCAUCGCACACUGACGGCGCUCGCGCUCUGGCUGUUGGAGACGUCCUUGAGCGUGGACUGGAUUGUGGGGCUCCAGCCAGCUGUCCCCCCCGGACGCAGCGGGGGCACAGGAUUCCUAACAGCCCACGCGAGUGGCGCGCCUUUGCGGCCAAACAAAAGCAGAAGGCAGGACAGGAAGCCGAGAUACAAAUUGAUGAACAAAAAAAUGCUCGCGGCUUCUCAUGUCUUUAUUCUGAAGAGCUUUAAUAUAUACUGUGUAGUUCAACAGACCUGUGAGUAGAAGGCCCUAGUGUCGCAUGUUCACGCCUGAGGAGCUGCUCCAGACGUGUGUCUGCACGCGUGUUUGUGCAUAGGUGUCAGAGGCGCAGAAAUGGUUCUGCUGGUGCGAUUUGAUUCCUGUUGGAAUGUUUCAAUUACACUAAGUGUACUACUUUAUAUAAUCAAUGAAAUUGCUAGACAUGUUUUAGCAGGACUUUUCUAGGAAAGACUUCAUGUAUAAUUGCUUUUUAAAACGCAGUGCUUUACUUCAAACGAAGGGGAACUUUGCAGAGGUGACGCCUUUGCGGGGUUUUCAGUUCAAUAAAGCUUUACUAUGAAC